UGGCACCGGAAUCAAGACGCAAGAUAAAAAGCUACCAAACACCUUCAAGAAUAGUCCAAGGAUACCAAUCUUUACCAAUCAUAUACUCAAGAACAUCAUGAAGAACGCUGCGGUUUAUGCAGGCCUCGUGGCCAGUGCCUUCUUCAACCUCGGUCAGGCAACGGUCAACCUUACUCUCGUUCCUGCUGUGAACACUGUACGCAUCGGUGAACAGGUCAAUCUCGAAUGGACCACCGACCAAGACUACAAACUCGAGUUGGAGUUCGUCCAGAAGUUCGACGGUGGCUGGUCCCCUGCCAAAUACGUCUUCAAGAACCGUCGUUUCAAGGCUGGAGAUGGCAACUACACUUUUACUAUCCCCAAGGUCGAGCCUAACCGCGAGUAUGCUUUGUGGCUUUCUGGAGAGAACGUUAGUGGUUCUGGAGGUUAUGCCAACCUUACCAACUGGUUUGUGGUCGAGAGCCAGUAUGAGGAUCUGAAGUAAAGUCAUAUGUUUGACCUCCGUCUCAGACGGAACUCACGCUCGUUUCGUGCUCCGGAUUUCUGCAUUGAAUUGUUAUCAGUGGCUCAGAUAGAUCGAUUUUGACCACUCUUCUUGUCAAGUUGUAGUCGAAAGACUUUGAAAUGUUGGCUAGUUUUGAUACUGGCCUAAGCAAAAGUGCGAGAGCUCUUCUCAACGAGAAGCUAGCGUAGAUGCGUGUAAAAGAAACCUGUACCAGAGUCGCUGGCCCCAAACGCAGACCGGAUAACAAACCAUGGCAGGAGGCAGUUUACUCAGAGCGGGU